GGUGACGUGAAUACUUGCGGAAGCACAGAGUGGAAUGUUGAUACAUUGUUGUUGUUUUGUAGUUAAUUUAGUACGGGGAUACAUUUCGGUUCGACUGCUGGACGCCUUUCAGAAUCGCGACAAGUAACUUCCACCCGUAUAGGACGGCAACUUCACAAGCUUUACGCUUUGCAGACGGAAAAUAUCCGCGUUCAUAAGUGUUGACGUCUGUGGGAUUCUGGCCAGUUUAUGCAUGCAGGGUAUGACGACUCAGUUUAAAGCAAACAAGACUUUAAAGGUUAAGAAGGAGGUGGGUGAGAAUGCCCCGGCCCUCAGUGAUGAUGAGCUGGUGGUCAUGUCGGUGCGCGAGCUCAACACACACCUGCGCGGGUUGACCAAGGAGGACGUGGUGCGGCUGAAGCAGCGGCGGAGGACCCUGAAGAAUCGCGGCUACGCCGCCAGCUGCCGCAUCAAGCGGGUCACUCAGAAGGAGGAGCUGGAGAGGCAGAAGCAGGAGCUGCAGCACGAGGUAGACAAGUUGGCCCGGGAGAACGCCAGCAUGAGGCUAGAGCUGGAUGCCCUACGCGCCAAGUAUGAGGCCCUGCAGUGCUUUGCCCGGACUGUCACCUGCGGGCCUCUCUCACCAGGCAAGGUGGGCACCACCAGCGUUAUCACCAUCAUCAAGUCUACUAACAACCACAACUCCAGCCCAACCUCCUUCUCAGCCCCCUCCUAGUGCUGACAGGACUGGGCUCUCGUCUCCCCGUCCCGCCUGGUCCUUACCGGUUCCGACCCAAUCCAGCCUGAAACCAAUGGCACCCGACCCAUGCUGAGAGGAAGCUCAGUAAUUCGACUGAGGGAAGGGGGUGGGGUGGCCACUAGCUCUGUGUGAUGAUAACAACAUGAUGCUGCAUUCAUUCUCUACUCUCUUUCUCUCACAUACUGUACAUAAUCUACAUUGUCUGUGCACUGUGCCACAACCUCCCCAGCACCGGCAGGGCAUUGGGCCUCUCUGACUGACGGAAGAGAUUAGCUCAGACUACAGUGCGAGUGGGUACUUGAUAUUAUACCCCGUGAUGGCAGCACUGGUCUGAGACCUCUCUGAUGCCUGUGGUAUCUUGCAUUUACAGAGUAUAAAGUAAUAUAUUAUUGUAAUAAUUACCGUAUUAAUACAUUAUGAAUAUUUAAAAUAACACAAAAAAUGCUGAUCUAAGCCUAAAAGCCUUCUUUCUUCUGUAUAUGAGAGUAUAUACUAAUGUCUCAAUGAAAAUUGAGGCAUUGAAGCUUUUGCCUUAAACUGAUCUAGGAAUGAUCUCUCAGUAAUAUUAUUUUUUUUGUCACACUCCUACAGUAUGUUCAAUAAUUUAAGCUUUUAUAUUUCCAAUUUCAAGGGCAGCUUGAAAACCGUAAAAAAAAAAAAAAACAAUACAGUGGGGCAAAAAAGUAUUUA